AUGGAUGAUACUCCCGGCCUGGGUGGAAGACACAGAAGCCUUACGAUUACACAGACAUUAGACGAAAUUUUGGGUGUUGGUCCCAAAAAUGAUACAUAUGGAAUUAAUUCGACUAUUCGUCCUCCUACUCGACAUGGACGAGAAUCUACAAGCUCUGAAGAGAACAAAGAACCAACUCCGACAGAUUCUUUAUCAUCUUCGGCAAAAUUGAAAGAAUCUUUUUCGAAUGAUACGUUCGACGAUGAUUUUCUUUCGAAACUGAAUGAAAUGAGGAAACGAACACAGAUAGAAAAGCAGGAAAAUAGCAGCGAGAAGAAAUUAAGGGAAGUCAUCCGUCAGCCUAGUGGAAUUCAAGAAGAGGACGAAGAUGAUCCUCAUAAUGCUAGUAAAACGCGUGAUCUUCUUAGAAUCGAUUUAACUAAGAUGCAGCAAUCGAGACCUACUUCGACAGACACGGAAGGCGACGAUCACACUUUUAGGAUAGAAGAAGAGCUGAAAAAAAAAGAAGUUAAACUUGUAAGUCGAAAGAAAACAGAAGAAAAGAUACCCUCCAGACUGUUAGAAAAUCGUUCGAAUUCCAUUGCCAAUCAUAUUAGCUCCAGUGGACAACAUAAAGUUUGGUUAGAAAAGAAACUGGAAGAUGAACGUAGAAAGAAGAAGUUGGAGAAGGAGAAGGAGGAAAACGAGAAGAAGAACAAGGAGGAAAAGAAAAAGAUAGCAGCUAAACAAUUUGAAGCUUGGAAAGCUAAUAGAGACCAUGAAAUUAAGGAACAGAAACGAGUAGAGAAAGAAAAGAAUUUAGAAAAGCAACGGGUAGAAGAAGAAUCUAAAAAACAGAGACGGGUUGAUGCUCAAAAAACGUUCGAGGCAUGGAAGACAGAAAGGUUGCGGACGAUUUUGGAUGAGAAAACUAGAACUAAAGAAGAAGAAGAGGAUAGUAGACGAAGAAAACAGAGAGCGAAUGUUUUGAAAAAAACAGAAGCUCACGCUGCUUUUGAUGCUUGGGCGCGACAGAAGCAGGAAGAGGAAGAUAUUCGUAAGCUUAUAUUAGAGAAACAACUGGCUCAUGAACGCAGAAAAAUGGAAAUAGAAUUGCAGGAGAAAGAACUUUUGGCUGAACAGGCCUAUCAAACUUGGCUCCAAUUCAAGGAAAUUGAAAAACUAGACCUUCGUAGCCCAUCUGUCAUGUCAACGCAAUCGAACAGUCGGACACCUUGGGUUCCUCCUAGCAAUACAGUUCCCAGACAUUUUGUUAGUACAGGAAAUAGGAGAAGAUCUCUAGACAAACGAAUACCCAGAACUCCCGUGAAUCGAAUGCAUCGCAGUUAUUCAGCAAAGAAUAUUUUUACAGGAAAAUGA